UUGACGGGAGAUUCACAUGUGACUAACACUAAACCAAAAGCUUACCACUUUUGACUACUGGGGCAAAAAAAAAAAAAAAAAAUCGGAAUUUAGUAGCUUAUCUCUAUAGGCUACUUUUGUUCAUGUUUCUGCUGUCACUUUUCUAAGAAUGUAACGGUCACUUGGGUAGUUUUUAUACAUUUAAAGUCUACAAUAGGAUUCGUAUUGUUUCUCAAAGUGUUUUCAGAGUAUCCAACCUGGAGAGCAGCGAGUGAGAGACAACAGGGAGGAGAGAGGGAUGUGUGUAAAGCGCCCUCUCUUUCUCUCCUCUUCACACGCGCUGGUGACAGAGAGGUAGACGGAGUGUUUAUCAUGAGCUGCCCGUGAGAUUCAGCAGCAGUCGGUCGUAGUUUCUCUAAAUGCAGGAUUCAUGUUUUCUUCCCAUUGGAUCGUAGUUUAUCUGAGCCGUGACGGGGACAAACAGUAAAGACAUUACAGAGAGGAGGGACGGACUCGAGUGCGAGGAAGCUUUCAGUCCGGCACAGACUGGAAACCACUUGAUCGAGAUAUGGGGUGUAGGCUUCCUAAGUUGCGGAAGGCAGAAGAGAGGCUAAGCCCGGGCAAUAUCUACUCCACCAUUCGACGGCCUCAGGUGGAGACUAAAGUGGGCGUGACCUACACCUACCACUUCCUGGAUUUCCUGUUGGGGAAAGAAGAGGUGCCGGUGUCAUCGGUGCUUUGUCUCUCAUCAGUCAGAGAGCUACCGGUUCAGGUCAGGGAGCUCUAUGCACAGGGUUUUGUCCUGGUCGCCGUCCACCCGUUUGUCCAUCCCUGUGGCCCUCGUCAUGCACACAUCCAGCGCCAGCUCCACCGGGCCGUGCUGGUCCGAGAGACACCAAGUUCAGAGAAAAGCCAACUGAGGUGGGGAAGACAUCGUCUGGAGACAGAUGUGUGUGUGGCAGGUCACCAGGCUGCUGACCCAGAAGUGAUCCAGAGCUAUGUCAAGAGGAUCCAGGAUGUGGCAGAGCAAGGGGUGAUGUUUGUGGGCUUUCUCCAGCAGCCAGGUGGAGGACCCUUCUUGGGGCACUGGGACCCUGAAGAGCUGUCCUCUUUACAUUCAAGUCCUUCACCCAUACAUCGACACCUCUUCAGCACCAACACCAGCCCAACAGAUCCUACAGAACCCCAUCAUAAUGACAUAGAAUCUGACAAUCACCACUUUGAACCUCAAGAGUUAGAUCAUGAAGGCGUAGAACAUAACUCACGGGACCACAAGCCUUUGGUGCCAAGAGAACCAGACUUCAGUACUCUGAAACCCAUCCAGAGUUUAGAGCUUAACCGAGAAGAGUCCAGUGAGCAAAUCCAGAUGUUACAGAUCAGCCUCAAAGAGUCACUUGAAUCUACAAAACAACCUCAAGAUCACAGCAAACCCAGUGUAGACACAGUUCAGGGGUGUCCACAUAAAAACCCAGCAGAAGCCCAAGGGAACCAGUUGUGUCCCAGCCCUCCAGAAACUGCAGGUAUGAUCAGACAGCAGAAGGGCCAACUACCAGACUUUAAAGAAUCCACAGAGAAACAUUUAAACCUUUCCAAUCAGAGAGAAAGACAAAGUUCAAGCUCAGACAGCUGGCUCAGCUCUCCAGAACUGGAUCCAAACCAUGAAAGAAAGUCCAACUCUACCUGUACAGACGGGCAAAGCAGGGUGACGACACACAACAACAACCACAUCAGGCUCAAGAGUUCAGAGAAAGAUAAGAAUUCAACUUCACCACCAGCGCAGGCUAGGAUGCAGCUCUUUGCCUUGUACAAUCACACAGGGGAGCUGAACGCUUCUCUGAGGUUCUACUCACUCAGGGUGCCACUGCGAGUACAAAAGGAAGCAGGGCUAAUCACAGAAGUUGACACACACUGGCUUGACCACAUGACUCAGCAUUUCACCAGCGGCGCGCACCUCAUUGAUGGGUUUUUUCACCUUGGAGAUGAUAACGACAAUGGGGUUUCAUCUGUGGAUAGUGUGUUCAUCUUCCAGAGCUCUGCAGAAGAGACCACAAACACCUCCUACGACGCCAUUGUGGUUGAGCAGUGGACCGUUGUUGAUGGUGUUGUGGUGAAGACAGACUACAUCCCCUUGCUCCAGUCUCUGGCCCCGUAUGGAUGGAGGCUGAUGUGUGUGUUACCCACACCAAUUGUCAAGACCAACAGUGACGGGAGUUUGUCGACCAAGCAAAUCCUCUUCCUUCAGAGACCCAUUUUGCAGCGCAAGAGAAAAGACUUCAAGAUGCUGAACCUCAGGGGUCGCAGCAAGGCAAAGAAAAAAUCUACUGAAGAUACACAAGAGGAGAGAGAGAAUAAGUCCCCUGUGAUGGAGACAGAGAUGGACAGGUUAAGAAGAAACACCAAAAAGGAGGAGGAAGAAGAGGAAGAGGGGAGGAAGAGCAGGGACAGCGGAAGGAGCGAAGGAGCGAGCCUUCAGAAAGGUGGAGAGGAGAGUGAAGAGGAUACACGGCAUCAAAAGGGCAUAUCGUUCCUAUCGGGGAGCAGGGCUUCUGUUGAAGAGCAGGAAGAGGAAACCAACAUUGAUGAGAUCCUACUGUCCAAGCAGGAGAAGUUGGUGAGAUGGACAGAUGUGUGUCAGAGAGAUGAUGGAGGGGUCAAGGAGGAGGUGAAGACGGAAGAGAGGAUCAAACAGCAGCUGUUUUCCGGUGUCUGUUGACACAUUGGGCACAAAGCAGGAAAGGGGGAGCUGAGAUCUGUUUAGUUUAUCAAAAAAAAAAAAAGCCUUUUAAAAUAACGUUUUGUUGAUCUGGAUUUUUUGUUCCUCUGUGGACAACCCAGAUGUAGUCAAUCAUACUGUUACUAGUCAUCAUGUUUUGCUUCAGUCUGCUGUUUAGAGUGUUAACACUCUUGAGUCUUUGAGGUUGUAGCUCCCAUAAAUGGGAAAGUGUUGUGCAGUUCUCUGCUUUUGGGUCAGUAUUGCUAUUUGAUGUAUCCUUAUAUGAAAUUAAAUGAAACUGUACAAGGCUUUAGAGUACAACCUAGAGCAAGUCUCCAGUCCAAGCCUUAAGUAUUAUUUUCUUGACCAUUGUUGUAUUUUACUACUUUCUUGUAAUAGGACUGUUAAAAAGGGAGUACGGAUUUCACUGGGCUCGCUGUAUUUUUAUAUGUAAAGUAUAUAAUUUAAGAUAGAAACAAUAGGGGGAAAAGUUAACACAAAGUACUGUAUGUAGUUCACUGCAUUAGAGCCUGACCGAUACAUCUGCAUUGGCUGAUUUUGGCUUAUCACAUAUGCAUAUACUGGUAUUGGCUUAAAUGUCAGCCGAUAAUUUACAAGAAAUUGCUGUACCAAAAUGCCAAAGAUUUUUUUAGGUAAUUUAGAAACUUUGUCUUCAUUACAUACUGUAGUUCCUAUUUUUUAAUUCAAAAUUAUUUCACUCAAUACAUACAGUAUCUUGGUUACAACUUAAACAACCCUUAUCAAAAAUGUUUGUUAAAAAAUUUAUAUCGGCCGAUUAUAUGGUUUUUAAAAUUCUCUAUUGGUAUCGGCCAGGCUCUACACUGCAUUGAGACAUGAUAUGUUUUAUUGGGCCUAAAUAUUAAAAGGUUCAGUUCAUGUAAAUUACAAAAAGAAAAAGAUUGUCACUUAGCUCUAAUCAAAUCUAGCUAGCUUUGGUUUGAGUUGGCCAGGUUUUGAGAUUUCAUCUGAGAUUUCUUCACCUCAAUACAGGAAGGCCCUUGGUUGUAUGCCUCCGCCAACCAGUCAAGUUGCAGUUUACAUCCAUGUCUGUCAAGACUCAUAAUAUAUGUAGUGAAUACUUGGAAGGAAUUGAAUAAAAUGUAUAGAGUAUUUUUUUGGCUAAAUGGAAGUUAUCACUAUAUUGAUAUGUAUGUUUGAUUCCAGUAAAUAUAUAUUGUUGAACUGAUUAAUGAAGGAUUAUCAUAGAUGUAUUGGCUAAACAGGUACACAUGUACUUGAUUUCUAUGUAAAGAUGGAUUCUUAGAGUAUAGCUACACAAAAUGUGCUUUUAUUUUCUCCUGGCAUUUUAGAUGCGAAGCCUCUCUGAGCUGUAGGUGAAACUCACUCACUGGAUCACGAUUAGCUAGGCGCGCUCCAAUACGUUGUUUGCAGUCACUUGAUUCUGACGAUUCUCGAAAUUCAGAAUGAGGCAGGAAGGACGAGAUGGAGGAAAGCCCAUACUGUGCUAGUUAUUGUUAACUCAUUGUGUUGUCCCAGCAACAUGUGUGAAAUCUGGAAUCGCCCAAUUAAUUCUUAAAUUAUGGCUGAAAACCUAUUUAAAGGUUACAAUGACCUUUGAGUCAAAAGUUUCACCUAUUCAGUGUCCGACCAACUGUGAAAUAUGUUCUGUUCCUGCAUUAAUGUUGAAUAAUGGCCAAAAAAGUAUUUUUCCACAACAUGGAUGUCACAGUGAAGAUGACCUUUUAGAUUAAAAAAAAUGUCCUCACUUCAUCGUUGUAUCUCAUUAAACGUCUGUGUGAGAUUGUCAUAAUUACAGCAUCAAUUCUUGAGUUAUGGCCAAAAAUGUGUUUGUCAAGGUCAUUUUGAGUUCACAGUGACCUUUGAGUCAAAAGUAUCACCAAUUGUCCGACCAACUAUGAAAUAUGAUCAUCAAUUCUUGAGUUAUGGCCAAAAACAUGUUUUGUGAAGUCCCAGUGACCUUGACCUUUGACAACCAAAUUCUAAUCAGUUCAUCCUUGUGUCUAAGUGGACGUUUGUGCCAAAAUUUGAAGAAAUUCCUUUCAGGCGUUCCUGAGAUAUCGUGUUCACAAGAAUGGGACCAACAACCCGAAAACAUAAUGUCUCUGGCCACGGCUAUCGCCGGCAUGGAGCCAUAAAAAACAAAAACAAACAUCUCUUUCCAGAUGCAAUGUUCCAGAUUAUCCACAGAACAGUCGACAGUUUUCUUAAGGACUAUUUCUAUAGUAGAAAACAGUUUCUAUGGAAACGGAUUAAAGUGAGGUCUGUUGAUUAUCCAGAGUAACUGGGACAUUGCGUCUAGAAAGACACAUUGCUCGAAAUCUCGAAACCUGGCUGAAUCAAACCAAAAUUGUCUGCUUGGUUAGAUACUACAAGUGGAAAAAAUGCUUUUUGUAAUUUGGGAGAACUGACCUUUCAUUUUCAGAAAAUGUGUAAAUUAGAAAUCAACUAUUUAUUACUUAUUUCCUAGACCACCUCGUGUUGUGUGUAAGUAAUGUGACAUGUCAGUCUUUAUAUAAAAGCAGAGGUCAAUAAAGUGGUGGAAAACAGA